UAUGACGAUGACGAAGACGACGAUGACGACGACGAUGAUGUCUUUGGUCACGAUAACUUAUUCACUCCAAAUAUCAACGACGAAUUAAGAGAACUGGAUAUCUUAAUUAACGGACCAAAGAAUAAAAAACAACACACAGACGGAGUGAACUGCAGUUGGGAGAUAGUGAAUAAGGUUGAGAAGGGGUCCUUGAUGUUUGGCGCCACUGUGGACAGCCACGUGAUGCUGACGUUGAAAAAAUUCCUGGCUGACCUGAGGCACUACAAAGUUUCCAUGAAUUUGAAGACAUACCACAACGAAGGCCUUAUAAUCUACAUCAAUAACAUCAAUAACAAUAAUAAAAAAAAUAAAAAUAAUAACAUUGAAGACAAUUACAAUAACAUUAAUAAGAAUAAUAAUAAGAAAAUUAUAAGAAAAAUUAAUAAUAAUAAUAAAUUUAAUUGGGUCGAUACCAAUGAGAAUAAUAUUGAUGACUGCCAGCCAAUCAGCUUGCUCGUCUAUAUGAAACUAGGUCAUGUUUACAUCCAUCUAAAACGUCAAAGACACUUUUAUCAUCAUGGUGAUGUCGACGAUGCAGAUGAUGAUGGUGGUGAUCCAGUCUACAAUGAUGAUUUUUUUCAUGGUGAUGAUGAUGAUGAAGAUGGUGUUAAUCUUAAGAAAUCUGUUGGUGUGUACAACGACGGCAAUUGGUUUAACGUGAAUCUAAAUGUCAAUGAAUCAGUAUACGCGCUAAACAUCAAUAACACGGAAUGGAUGUCAGUUACUGCAAAUAAUAAUAAUAAUCAUAAUAAUAAUAAUCAUAAUAAUAAUAAUCAUAAUAAUAAUAAUCAUAAUAAUAAUAAUAAUGACAAUAAUAAUGACAAUAAUAAUAGUAAUGAAAUAAGACGAUGAUGACGAUGAUGAUGACGAUGAUGAUGGUGUUUAUAUGUACGUUGGAGGUUUGAGUGGGAAAAUUUUGAAACUUAUGAACGGCGGAAAAACUAAUAAUAAUAAUAAUAAUAAUAAAAGCGAUAAUAAUAAUGAUAAUAAUAGUGAUGAAGACAACUAUGUAGAUGAUAAUAUGAACAGCGAUGAUGACGUCAUCGAAAAUGAUGAUGAUGAUGAU